AUGUCCAACGAUAAAGACACUGAGAAUCUCAGUGAAGAAGAGAUUGAUGAAGAUGAACUCCUUGCUAUGCUUUCACCGGAGGAACUUCAGGAGCUACAGAGUGAGAUGGAUGUUAUUAUCGCCCCAGAUGAGACUGUACCUGUUGGACAGAGACAAAAGGACCAGACAGAAAAGACUCCGACAGGGACGUUCGACCACAGAUCCCUGGUUGAUUACCUUUACUGGGAAAAAGAGUCCAAACGUAUGCUUGAGGAAGAAAGAGUGCCGGCUACUCUACUGCCCAGUGAGAAAACUUUAAGGGAGGAAGUUGAAAAAGAAGAAGAAGAAGAAAAAAAAGAAGAUGGGGAAUAUGAAGUGAUAGAAGUGAUAGAGGAAGUCAUUGAAGAAGAAGCUGUAGAUGGUAUUGAAGGAGAGGAAAUUAUAGAGGAAAUAAUUGAAGAAAUUGUUGAAGAGGUUGAGGAGAGUGAUGAAACGGACAAAAUGGUUGAUGUGAAAAAAGAAGAGGUGAAGCAACCUGUGAAGACAGAUAUAGACAAACAAGUAGAUCUGUUAGAUAACAACAAAAAGGAAGUACCAGGAAACAACACAGAUGACAACCAGCCUAUCUCAGACAAAGAAGAAAAGACUGAGAGCUCAGCCCCAAAAAUCAGCACAUCACAAACUGGAGAGAAAGAGGAAAUUAAAAAUACAGAAUCUUUGCUUCCCAAAGAGGCCCCAGAGGAGCCAAAGAUAAGUGAAACAGAUGAUAAACUCCCACAAAAAGAGGAGAGAAAAAUCAACAAAUUAAAAAUUCCAAAGCUGGCACUCAAUAAUAUAAAAAUGACAUCAAGACCAUCCGGAAAUGAGACAAACUUGGAUACGACUCUUGACAAGAUCCGCAAGAACAACCCCUCUAUCACUGAAGUAAACCUCAACAACAUAGAAAACAUUCCCAAAGACAUGCUCUUGGACUACGUCAACGCCUUGAAGAAGAACAAACAUGUGAAAACCUUCAGCAUAGCCAACACCGGUGUCGAUGAAAACAUAGCAUUCAACCUGGCCAACAUGCUACGAGAGAAUCGCAGCAUUAUCACUUUGAAUAUCGAGUCCAACUUCGUAACCGGAAAGGGGAUUGUUGCCAUCAUUCGCUGCCUCCAAUUCAACGAGACUCUCACAGAGCUGCGAUUUCACAACCAGAGACAUAUGUUGGGUCACCAUGCAGAGAUGGAGAUCUCACGCCUGCUCAAGGCCAACAACACCCUCCUGAAGAUGGGCUACCACUUUGAGCUGCCAGGGCCCAGGAUGGUAGUGACCAAUCUUUUAACCAGGAAUCUUGACCGACAGAGGCAGCUGAGGAAGGAGGACCAGAAACAGCAGCAAAUGAAGGAGCAGAAGGAGCUGAUGCUGAUGUAUGAGAACAGUCUAAACCUGCCUCCUGGUUUACUUGAAAUGCUGGGGUACGUACCAUCCUUAGAACUCCUGCAGAAGCAUGGGCUCAUCCCACCUUCAUCAGAUCUGAGCACCAUCCCAGAAACACAGCAUCAGACAGAAGAGCCAGAGCAUCAGAAACAGCGCAAACACAAAGGCAUUCCCAAACAACCCAGUGCCGAACCAGAAAACUCAUUAAGGGACGUUCAACUGAAGAAGACUCCCAAGAAACGUGACCCUUUCCUGGAGAUGGACCCAAGGGAUGACAGGAGAUCAGAUAGGGCAAGUUUCCAACUUAGGAAGACUCCCAAAGUGAAGGAUGCAGGGGUGAUAGACGAGAGACCUAACCUGGGUGCAGUGAUUAAGACUUUGAAGCCAGUCCCUCGCAGACGACUUCCUCCAAAGAUUGAUCUCACACCCCGUGAUCACCUCCUAAGCGAGAUCAAAAAGAGUAAUGUGGCCUAUCUCAAAUCUGUGCCGCUCCCAAAAGCCCUGGAAUCAAGCGAAACGAGUCUCUUCUGAGGCUGUGACUUCAGCUGCUUGUUCUCUUCACCAUACUGUAUGUUUACUUUAUACAUAUUUGCUAUUAGUCACUCAGAACUUCCUCAAAUGAACUGUGCAGAUGAAGAGUGAACUAUGUAUAAAUCGCACAUGAAACAAUAUUGGCUUGUUGUACCACAAUUGUGUUAUUGUUUCACUAAAUGCUGUUGUCUUUAAGAAGUCAUAAGAACAAAUACAUGAAAAUUAAAGAAUAAUCUAUGAAUUUUCAUUAAAAUAUAUAAGCUCUGU